AUGGCACCCGCCCAGAUUGAUCAUGUCGUGGUACUAGUCCCAUACCAAGACCUCCUCGACCCUCCCAAAUGGGUGACCGAGAACUUUACCCUCACCCCCGGCGGCCGCCAUUCAGACGGCAAGACCGAAAACAAGCUCAUCGUCUUCUCCGACGGCACCUACAUCGAGCUAAUCGCCUUCAUCAACGACAAUCCCAGCCUCCGCCGCGGCCACCCCUGGGGAAAUAAGAGCUACGGCUUCAUCGACUUCGCGCUCACCACCCCCGCCGGGAGCAACUUCGACUACGCCGGUCUCCGCGGGCGAAUCAACCAGAAGAGCGGGAGCCUAGGGAUUGACUACGACCAGCCCAUCGAGGGCGGCAGGAAGCGCGACGACGGCGUAGACGUCCGCUGGAAGGUCACGUUCCCAAAGAACGUUGUUGGCGCGGGAGUCCCGGGGUCGGAUAUCAGUCGGCGGGGGGAGAUCCCGUUCUGGUGCCAUGACAUCGCCGGGAGAGAGCUGAGGGUUGAUACCGCUGCCGCGAACGUCACGCACCCGAGUGGUGUCAAGGGCAUUGCGCAGUUCACGAUACUGGUACCGGACGGGAAGAUGGACUCGUAUGUGGACCUUUACUCGUCUAUCAUGGACAGCAAGCCCGUGAGGGUGUUUGGCACGACGCGGUUGCCGCUGGAGACUCCCAUCAGUGUUCCGGGACUGGUGAAGCCGUGGGUGUUUGUGGAGCCGCCAACUCUGGAUGUGGAGAAGAAGCGGUUGCAGGAGAGGGGGCCGGGCAUCAUUGAGAUUGCGCUGAGGUUGGGCGUGGAGGGGAAGGUGGGGGUGGGGAGACCGUCAAUUGAUGAGAAUGGGGUCUGGAUACAUUUCUUGAAGUGA